AUGGCAUCUCCCAUCCAGCUGCAGUCCUCCAUCAGUGCUUCAUUUGCAUUUAAUACUACUUCCAGUGACUUGGCAAUUCCAUCGGGCUCCAGCGAGAUUUCCAUCGGUGAUUCAUUUUCUGCUUCCAGCGGUAGCACCAUAUCCUCUACCUCAUACAACGAUUCACCAUCUGUACCGGCUACAGGGAGCGCAUCCUCGGUUCCCGUGGGUCGGAUUGCCGGCGGGAUUGUUGGCGGACUCAUCGUCAUGAUCGUCGUCUCAGUGGUCCUGUUCAGACGGUUGCAAAAACGGAGCCGGGAAGAUUGCGCUGGAAGAGGGAGUGAUUGGAUGGAGGAAAUUCAUCCCUACCCUCAAGUUCCCUCCCCGGCGGCCAACAGCCGCACCCACAAAUCCUCUGGAAGAUGGAAGGCGCUGGCAACGCCGAUCCGCUCGCUCUCCCUCAGACCUUCCACCGCGCAAGCGUCACCUGCUCUCAGCGUCUCUCAAAGACCCGAAAAGCCGGCAUCCGUGGAGCACACCCAACACACCGAGAAUCCGGAGCCAUUCGUCAUUUCCAAUCCCGCUGUGAUUCCGACCUCGCAGACGCUGCCGCCGCCAAUCGCGGCUCACAGCGCGCAAGACUCCGAUCAGGAGGUAGUUCUGAUUGAGGCGUUGCAACGGGCGGUCGAUCAGCUCAACGCCCUGCGGGCGGAACGAUGCCGACAGUCGCCGCCUUCAUACGGGGAAUCCGCGAACUGA